GCAGCCCCCCCACCCUCGGGCCUCUCUCCUGCAGCCAGCCCGAGCUCGGAGCCUCCAUCAAUGGCUCUCUCUCCCACGGCGGACAGCUUCCAACGCCUGCUCUUCUCCCACGACCUGGUCUCCGGGAGGUACCGCGGCUCAGUCCGGUUUGGGCUCGUACGGAUGAUCCACGGAGAGGAGGAUUUUAACUCCGACUCGGACCUGGACGAUGGCGGAGGGAGAGGCGGCGGCGGAGGAGGCGGCGGUGGUGGUACUGGGAGUGCAGGAGGAGGUGGAGGUGCAGGAGGAGGACGGGUACCGUGUGGUUCGGACACCGAGAGCGCUGUGGACAGCCCGAGUCGGCCUCUCGGUAGAGGAUAUGUCCGCGUCCAGUGGUACCCUGAAGGAGGAAAGCAGGACAUCAGGGAGACAAAGCUGAAACUUGAAGAUCGGUCUAUUGUCAUCAGAGACAUUGUGCGACGGAACAAUUCAAAUGACAGCCAGUGUGGUAUUGUGACCAACAUUGACAUCGAGUGUGCAGUGAAACUAGUGGGAACAAACUGUGUUCUGUAUCCAGUUAACAGCAAAGACCUACAGCACAUCUGGUCUUUUAUGUACGGAGACUACAUUGCCUAUGACUUCUGGCUGGGGAAGGUGUACGACCUGACUAAUCACAUCAUCCUCAAGCUCUCCAACGGAGCCAGGUGCUCCAUGAGUGUGGAGGACGGUGCAAAGCUUUACGACGUAUGUCCACACGUUAGUGAUUCGGGUCUGUUCUUCGAUGAGGCGUAUGGUUUCUACCCAGGCCAGGUCCUGAUUGGUCCGGCCAAAGUCUUUUCUAAUGUACAGUGGCUCUCGGUAAAGGUGGUAGAGCUGAAGGUGACGUGGAUCACCAAGAGCUACUCCCCCAAAGGCUCCGACAGCGUCUAUCCACCCCCCUCCACCAUCACACAGGAAAACCUCAGCAGAGUGAGGUGUCUGGGCUACUACGACCACACGCAGAGGCAACUGGGAGAGAGGGCCCUCUAUGUCUUUCCUGCUAAAGGGGACGCCACACGCAUCAUCUGUGAAGGACCCGAGGGUGCCCCAGUCUUGCCUGAAGACCCUGUGGCCAGAAAGUUGAAGAGGAUGUUCAAGAAAGACUCGGGAAAGAAGACGGAGAACACCGACACACAAGGCGAACACAGAUCAGAGCAGACAGACUCGGCUCAUCCCAACAAAAACGGCCUCGUGGUGCCCAUCCAGCACGCCCUGGACUCCCAGAAUACCAACGACACCUCGGCUGAACACGGGGAGCAGGACGCUGACGAUGAAGCUGCAGAAGACACCGACGACACCAGCUCUCUGACGUCAUCAGCGAGCUCCACGGCCUCCUCUCAGAGUGGCGGUCUGGGAACAAACCGAAAGAAGAGCAUCCCGCUUUCCAUCCGCAACCUGAAGAGGAAGCACAAGAAGAAGAGGACCAAGUUUUCUCGCGAGUUCAAGCCUGGAGAUCGGAUGGCAGUGGAAGUUGUAUCCACGAAGACCACGGCCGACGUAAUGUGGAAGGAUGGGCGGAUGGAGAAGGGGAUCCGAUCAAACAACCUCAUUCCCAUCCAGCACCUUGACAGCCACGAGUUCUGUCCCGGGGACUUUGUAGUAGACAAACGACCUCAGGCCCUGCAGGACCCAGGAGUGUAUGGUGUGAUUCAGUCUGGCGAUCACAAGGGCAGAACAUGUGUCGUUAAGUGGAUCAAGCUCAACUCCACCGGUGAUGAUGUGGAGGUUAUUGGUGUGGAGGAGGAUGUCAGCGUGUACGACAUCGCAGAUCACCCAGAUUUCCACUUUCGCACCACCGACAUUGUCAUCAGAAUAUGGAACUCGGAGAACGGACAGAACGACUGUGAAAAUGAAACGUCAGUGGGCCAGGUGUCCAGGGUGGAUGUGAGCAGCAAAGUGGAGGUGGUGUGGGCAGACAACUCCAUGACCAUCGUCCUGCCGCAGCACCUCUACAAUGUGGAGUCUGAGAUUGAGGAGACGGACUACGACUCGGUGGAGGAGACGAGCAGUGUCCUGUCCACUGAGGAGUGGGAGGAUGAGAGCGACAGCUGGGAAACGGAUAAUGGUCUUACCACAGAGGACGACAGUCACGUCAACACUGGAGAUGUCACUGACACAGCGACCCCAACCCCCACACCCACUGGCUUCACGACGUUCAUCCUCUCCCCACAGGAGGGUGUCAAAGCUGGGGUCACCAGCCCCACUAAGGGAGUCGCUGGAGAGGAGGGAGAAGCAUCUGUGGCCAGUCCUGCUUCUGGAGGAGGAACCACUCCAGGAGGAGCAGUGAAUGGAGCAGAGAAGCCCAGCAAGGACGGUGCUUCUCGGGGGUUCAGGGAGCUGAAAGAGGCCUUAAAGAUCCUGGAGAGCCUGAAGAACAUGACCGUGGAGCAGCUGUGGACUGGCGGCUCUCCAACCUCCCCGACCUCCGUUGAACCUACUUCUACAAUUAAUGUAGCAAGUUCAGUGACACCCACGGCGCCUGAGAAGCCGACCAAGGAGAAACGCUUCCUGGACGACUUCAAGAAGCUGCAGGAGAACCUCAGGAAGACCCUGGAUAACGUGGCCAUUGUCGAGGAGGAGAGGAUGGAGGCUGUGGUGGAAGCAGUGGGGAGUGGUGGAGCAGGGACAGAGGCAGAGAGAGUUAGAGAGGAAAAGCCCCAGCAGGAGCCACAGACACCGGUCGGUGGACAUGAAUGGCCCAAUGAGUUUCUCAGCGACACACGAGUACUGUGCCAACAGAGUGGCGGCAAGCCCGGCGUCACCUUUACCAGUGCCAAGGGAGAGGUGUUCUCUGUGCUAGAAUGGGCACCAGACACUCACUCAUUCAAGAAAAUGGAGUUUCAGCCAGCGGAGGCGAAGAAGUUCUUCAGCACAGUGAGGAAGGAAAUGGCUCUACUAGCAACAUCACUGCCUGAUGGCAUCAUGGUCAAAACCUUUGAAGACCGCAUGGACCUGUUCUCCGCUCUGAUCAGAGGGCCGACUCGUACGCCCUACGAGGACGGUCUGUUCCUGUUUGACAUCCAGCUGCCCAACAUCUACCCAGCUGUGCCACCUCUGUUCUGCUACCUGUCACAGUGCAGCGGCCGCCUCAAUCCCAACCUCUACGACAACGGCAAGGUCUGCGUCAGUUUGCUGGGCACCUGGAUUGGCAAGGGCACUGAGAGAUGGACCAGCAAGUCCAGUCUGCUGCAAGUCCUCAUCUCCAUACAAGGCCUGAUCCUUGUCAAUGAGCCCUACUAUAACGAGGCUGGCUUCGACAGUGACAGAGGCCUACAGGAGGGCUAUGAGAACAGCCGCUGUUAUAACGAGAUGGCCCUGAUCAAGAUGGUCCAAUCUAUGACGCAGCUUCUGCAGAAUCCGGUGGAGGUGUUCAAACAGGAGAUCCAGGAGCACUUUGUUUCCAGUGGCUGGCGGCUCAUCCACCGUCUGGAGGCGUGGCUUGAGCUGAACGACGCCACAGAGCGGGGUCAGGCAGCAUACGCGCCGUCUCGGCCUCCACACUUAAAGGACAGACCUUCAUCUGUGGAGCCUCUGGAUGAGCAGUUGCCAUUGAGGUCAGUGCCUGUGGUGGUGGCCCACAGCAGCCCCAGUAAGCCUGGGGAGGAGGCAUCCACCGGAACAGGAGUCACCAGUAUUAUGGAGGAGGAGCUGGAGGAUUCAGGGCUGAGUCCCUCCACCACAGUGGCUUCUCAGCAGGAGCUGAGCCAGAAUUCAGACUGUGACAGCACCCAGGGUAACUCUUCUCUGGGAGAGGAAAACAGGGCUGGCUCUGCAGUUCGUAGCGGGAUGUCAGAAUCAGGUUCUGCCACUGUCAGCGGAGGAGGGGUGGGCUCCACUGGAAGCCAGCCUGCAGUGCGACCAAAGAAGCGGAGAAAGAGCUACAGGAGUUUCCUCCCAGAGGGCAGCGGCUACCCAGACAUCGGCUUCCCACUCUUCCCGCUGUCUAAAGGGUUUGUGAAGAGCGUUCGAGGUGUGUUGCUGCAGUAUCGAGCUGCGCUGGCUGCAGCUGGCAUCACUGAGCACACAGAGGGCAAUAUCCCUGCAGAUGAGUGCGAUGGAUAAAGGGGGGUGGACCUCACAUGCUGUCACCCAGUUACACAAACCUGUGGAAGCUUCCCCAUUGCUCAUCUAUCCAUGGACACAGGUAGAAAUGCAGAGCUGUUACUGGAGACAGAGUUUCUCACCUGGCCUCAGCAGGACUUCAGCGAUGGAGGUGUGGAUGCAAAAAAGGACUGAAUAAAAUGAAAACUCAGUGCCAUGAACCCUCUUCCACCCCCUCUCCAACCUCGUCCAAGCCCCCCAGUAGCCUCCAUAUGGGCGGGAUUUACCUGUUAACAGCCUAAAAGAUGUAAAUCAGAUUCGUAAUUGGCUGGACUCCACUGAAAAACUGCAAAGCCCAGCUUUCUUGGGCUGUUGGACUAAAUGCGGCUAUCUGUAGCACUACUGAUAUUAUUGCUGUACCAUCCUGCACUACAACAAAUGAACAGACAAACUGGUCUGCAGAGGUGACUGACCAGGAGGGUUCUUUUUAAAUAGAAAUCGCUGGUUGUACGCAUUCUGCCAAAUUCUCUGUCUCUCUCACACACACACUGCACAAAUAUUCAAGUAGAACGUACUGAAUGUCAGUAAAACUGCCAACAAUAGCUUCACCACUUCUUCCACUGUACGUUUCCUUCGCAAACAACUCGCACUGAACCACACGGUGAACAUCGAGUGACAGAGUUUACACAGGAUCCAUCUCUGCUGCAGCUGUCCGGCGAGUGGAGAAGCCAGCCAGGCCCAGGGCGACAGCCGGGCGGCUUCUCUGAUCGAAGCUUAACACAGCUGCUACCUCCACAUACAGCUUGUCCAUUUGCUUUCUGGACAAUUUAGCAAAGGUGAUCAUUAAACUGGAACUUUGUGCUUUGGCAGUGUGACGCUCGCAGAGUCAGAGCUUUACUCGCAUUGCUCCACUGUUCUGUGACUGAGGUAAACUCACAUCACUGCAAAUGAGACCAUUUGGAGAAUAAAUAGAGAACCACCAUCCAUUCCGUCAUCUCAUGUCAACAUGUUGCCUUACUUGAAUUGUUCUUAAUGAUCUCAGACCAGUGUGUGCAGAGCUGCAUAAUGCCUGCUUUAGACAAUAACCUGUACAGGCCCAGGCCCAUUAACAACCACUAAAAGCCUGUUGUAGUGUUUUCUCCUGUAGCAGUGCAGAGUUCCCCUCUUUUAUUACUUCUUGGACAUGAGUCUGGUGCCGUCACUGUUCUCGGACUCCACUCAAAAUUGCACGUAUAGAGUUUGAUGCUGAAGGUUUGUUGAUAUUCUAGUUAAUCUGCUUGAUUUUUUUUUUUUAUGGUUCCAUGUUUUCUUGAUUUGAGUGCGUUAUCCCUCGACCGUUGACCCCACUGACAAGCAUUUACACCAAUUACAGCUUUAGGUGAAACUGAAACCGGUGUGUCUGUUGUCUGUGAGCUGUUGUUUUUUUUUUUGUACAUUGCAUAUUUUGACUCUGGAUGAAAACAGUCUGGGUUUUAUUGACCAAGUGACCACAACAAUCCUGCUUCGCCACAGAUUGAGCUGUAAUUCACUAGGAUGGCAAGUGAAACUCACCUUUGGGUCCAUCCGUGCUUCCUGGGGAAGUCUUUGUUUACAUCUUUUUAAAUGGCUGCAUCCCACCUCUAACAUCAUGGUCUUUUUCUUCUUAUUGUACUUGUAAUUCUGAUUAUCACACAGGGCAGACAAACCCUUGUGUUUGCAGUGAUCUGAAGUAAACGGCAGAGUGCUGGUUGGCUGUUAUUGUACUUGAACAGCGAACCAUGAUACUGAAGAGUAUUUCUGGAUGAGAGUGCACACUGUGCAAUUGAUACAAUGGGCCAAGAGUGGCAGAGACUUAAGGGGAAGACAAGGUCAUGAAUGAGAGUCAUUCGGUUUUGCUUUGUCUUCCCUGUUUUUUCUCUAAAUUUGUUUUCAUGUAUCAGAUGUGGCAACCAGGCUCCUGUGACAUUUUGUCCUCUUCCUGGGUUUUACUUCGCCGUCAUUUCGCUGCCUUCAACACUACAGAGGAGGAUGUGUGGUCUUCUUCACUGGCUGCUGUAGCUGUAACGCUGCCUGCUUUCUUGACUUGCUGUUUCCCCGCACGCUGUCUGUAAAAUGUCACCGUCACAGUUCUUGGAGGAAUGUGUCUUUAAUGGUCAGAGUUCAGAUAAGAGCUGUGGCUACAGCGUUUUGGAAAGGUCAAAAACACACACAUAGACACACACAGCUCAACCAAGAAUUCAGAGGCACCAUUAUUGCUCCGUCUCUCGCAUUUGUAAUCAGUCACAGAAACAGAAAAUGUGAAGCGACGUCGUUAGAUCUCAAAGGGAAAAUCUAGCAGGAUAUCAAGCACAUUAUGCUAUGUACAAUUUCUGUGUAUGUGUGUAUAUUAUUCAGAUUU